GGUGUUGAGGAGGAGUCGUAUCGGAAGAAGGAGCUGCAACGUUCUGAAGAUGUCGUAGACAUUGAAUUUCUGAAUGCUUUACAACAGCCACUCAAGGACCUCUUCUCACAUCUGAAACUUUCUGCAGCUUUUCCCGCCCACCCCUCAUAUACGUGACCUUUCUAGUGAUACAGGUUUGUGCUGAGACUAAACCAUACUCGUUUGGGAGUGUGUGGGAACUGUGGACCAUGUUCUGCCUAUGGUUGUUCCUGCUCCCUUGCCUGAGCUUCGUGCCUCUGGCCUCAGCUCAGAAGGCCCUGGAUUUCCCACAGUAUGACGGGAAAGACCGCGUUCUCGACAUCAAUGACAAGAACUACAAGCGAGCCUUGAAGAAGUACAGCACGCUUUGCUUGCUGUACCAUGAACCCAUUCCAGACAACAAGGAGCAUCAAAGACAACACCAGAUGACUGAGCUGGUGCUGGAGCUUGUGGCUCAGGUUACAGAACAGAAGGACAUUGGGUUUGGAAUGGUGGACUCCCACAAAGAUGCAAAGGUCGCAAAGAAACUGGGUUUGGAGGAGGUGGGCAGUGUAUAUAUAUUUAAAGCUGAUCGGGUGAUUGAGUAUGAUGGCCUGCUCUCUGCUAACACCCUGGUGGAGUUCCUGUUGGAUCUGUUGGAGGAACCCGUGGAGGUGAUCGGGAAUGCUCUGGAGCUGAGGGCCUUCGAUAGAAUGGAGGAAGAUAUUAAGCUCAUUGGUUUCUUCAAGAGUGAAGACUCUGAUCACUUUGAUGCAUUUAAAGAAGCUGCAGAGCAGUUCCACCCUUACAUCAAGUUCUAUGCUACAUUUGAGAAGUCGGUGGCCAAGGAGCUCACUCUGAAGAUGAACGAGGUGGAUUUCUACGAACCCUUCAUGGAGGAGCCCGUCACAAUCCCAGGAAAACCUCUCUCUGAGGAGGAUAUAGUGGAAUUCAUAAAUGAACACAGGCGACCAACUCUGAGAAAGCUGCGUGCAGAAGAUAUGUUUGAGACCUGGGAGGAUGAUAUCGAGGGCAUCCACAUUGUGGCUUUCGCGGAGGAAGAGGAUCCUGAUGGCUUUGAGUUUCUGGAGAUCCUGAAGGAGGUGGCGAGGGACAACACUCACCUCCCCGACCUCAGCAUCAUCUGGAUUGACCCUGAUGAUUUUCCCCUGCUGAUCCCCUACUGGGAGAAGACCUUUAAGGUGGACCUGUUCAGGCCACAGAUUGGAGUCAUAAAUGUCACGGACGCUGACAGUGUGUGGCUGGAGAUGGACGAUGAGGAGGAUCUGCCCAGCGCUCAGGAACUGGAGGACUGGAUAGAAGAUGUUCUCUCUGGCAAAGUCAACACUGAAGAUGAUGAUGAUGAGGAUGAGGAUGAUGACGAUGACGAUGACGACGACGAUGAUGACGAUGACGAUGAUGACGAUGACGACGAUGACGAUGAUGAAGAUGACGACGAUGAUGAUGAUGAGUAAUUUAUGAGAAAAAUAUCUUGAUAAUCUUGACUCCUCAGUCUUUACUCCUCGGGCAAACACGUCUAUAAAUGACUGUUCAUAAUAAACAUGUCAACAGUG